AUUUGUGUAUUCCUUUUGUGAGCUACAUUUUCACACUUUGAAAGUAGAAACCUUUCCAGAAAAUAAGGAAAACAAUCAAAAGUACAGGCAACAAGGAAAACAAAUAUAACACAACCAAACAGCAAGAACAACAAGAAGAAAAGAAGACAAACCCAACAUAAUGAUAAACUACCUUUCCAUUUUCACCUUCUUAAUAAUGGCUCUCCCAUUUCUUUAGCUUAUAGUAGCUUUGCAAUCUGUACUCUGCAGAGCUUGUUGCAUGAUCUUUAUGACACCAACCAUGAAUUCCAUGCAUCCUCUAAGCCCAAGCUACAAAAAUCCAACUUGGGUGUUCUUCUUUUUCAGCUUAAUCUCUUUCUCACUCUCUGAUCCAAGGAUAUCACAGUCAGGCCUAUUCUGUGGCACUGUCAAGUCUCCACCACUCACCAACUUCAUCCCCACCUUUGUGAAAGAAAUGGAGAGCCUAUCUCAGCUUGUCAACACCACCCACUGGGGCACAAGCUUUGUCAACUCCACCCCUCCCAUGUAUGGCUUAGCUCAAUGCUUCCAAGACCUUUCUCACACAGACUGUCUUCUUUGCUAUGCUGCAAGCCGUACAAAGCUCCCUCGAUGCCUUCCUUCCAUCUCAGCUCGCAUUUACCUUGAUGGGUGCUUUUUGCGCUAUGAUAACUACAGCUUUUACCAAGAAGCUACUAACCCUUUGAUUGACACUGUGAACUGUAGCUCCAAAUAUGGCGUGGAGGUUGAUGAAGUUUCCAAGGUUGAGUUUGUAAAGAAUGUUGGGGUUUUGAUUGAAAAUGUGACAAAAGCUGCUGUGGGAAACAAAGGGUUUGCAGUGGCUGAAGUGAAAGGUGUGUAUGCCUUGGCGCAGUGUUGGAAGACUGUUGGGAGUGAUGGGUGCAGAGAGUGCUUGGAGAAGGCAGGGAAGGCAGUGAUCAGUAAGUGCUUGCCAAGGAGGGAAGGGAGAGGAUUGAAUACAGGGUGUUAUUUGAGGUAUUCCACUGAGAAGUUUUACUAUGAUAAUGGAGAAGCACAAAAUGGUCAUGGUUUUUCUCAAACAGGAGCCAUCGUAGCCAUAGUUUUAUCAGCAGUUGCCUUCUUAAUGCUCUUUCUGUUUGCUGCAUAUGCUGGCUAUGCAAGGUUAUUAAGGAUCAAAGAAGAGCGCAAUAACAUAGGCCAAAUUUCAACAAGUAUUGAUAGGGCUAGUUUGAACUUCAAAUAUGAGACUCUUGAGAAGGCAACAGACUACUUUAAUCCUUCAAGAAAAAUAGGCCAAGGAGGAGCUGGUUCUGUAUACAAGGGGACUCUUCCAAAUGGGAAAAUUGUUGCUGUUAAGAGAUUGAUUUACAAUACCAGGCAGUGGGUAGAUGAUUUUUUCAAUGAAGUAAAUUUAAUCAGUGGAAUUCAACACAAGAAUCUUGUGAAGCUUUUGGGUUGCAGUAUUGAAGGCCCUGAGAGCCUCUUGGUCUAUGAGUAUGUACCAAACAGGAGCCUCGAUCAGUUCAUUUUUGACAAGAACAAAGUUCAGAUUCUAAAUUGGAGGCAGCGAUUUGAUAUCAUUAUUGGGACAGCUGAGGGGCUUGCAUAUCUUCAUGGAGGUGCCAAAGUAAGAAUAAUUCACAGGGAUAUAAAAAGCAGCAAUGUUCUUCUGGAUGAGAAUCUCACCCCAAAGAUUGCCGACUUUGGCCUUGUUCGAUGUUUCGCUGCUGAUCAAAGUCAUCUUAGUACUGGAAUUGCUGGUACACUAGGUUACAUGGCUCCUGAGUAUCUUGUUCGAGGACAACUUACAGAGAAAGCAGAUGUUUUUAGUUUUGGAGUUCUGGUACUUGAGAUUGUAUGUGGGAGGAGGAAUAAUUCUUUCAUUGAGGACUCAAGUUCCCUUCUACAAACAGUAUGGAAAUUCUACAAAACAAAUAAAUUGGUUGAAGCUGUUGACCCUUGCCUGAGAGAUAAAUUUCCUGGAAAAGAGGCAUCAGAUGUGCUUCAAAUUGGGCUUUUGUGCGCACAAGCUUCAGUUGCUUUAAGACCAUCCAUGGAGGAAGUAGUUCAGAAGUUAACUAGUAAAGAUUGUGAGAUUCCUAUACCAAACCAACCUCCUUUUCUGAGUACCAAUGCGCUUGGGUCAGACAGCUCCCUUAAGACCUAUAGCAUGGACAGCUUAGUGUUAAACGCAGCAAGAAAGCUGGAAGCAUCCUAUACUUCCACAGAGUCCUCUAGUAGGGACAGUUCAGAUGUGAUUUCAAGAUUAGAGUUUUUUCAGAAGUAGAUUCAGAGUAAAAUUCUAAUAAUCCCAAGACUGAUUAAUAUUCAAUCCUCAAAUUGACAUUUGUAGGUUAGGAGGAAAUUAUAUAACGAAGCACACAUCUGCGCAAUCAAUAAUUAUCUUAUGGGUCUGAUAUAUGCAUUUUUAUCAUGUGGAUCCUACACAACUGUAGGAGAGAGAUGCAUAUAUCAGAUGUUUGAGCUACAUACCCCAAAGCAACAAAAUUAAAGGCACUUCAAAGUUGGACAGAAGUAGCAGAUUCAAAAGUUAGGACAUGGUUAAGGUAUAAAGUAUGGCCAGCUCAGAACUUCAUUAGCAGAUUUACACCAAGUCAUGUUCAGAUUCAUUCUUUCUUUUUCUUUUUUUUUAAUAUUUAUAAAUAUUUUUGUAUGCAAUGAGGAAGUCCUGGACAUUUGAUGACAUGUUUUUGUGUUCUGGCCUUCUUCCAGCACAUGAAUACUUCCAUAAAUAUCAAAAGUUGAUCAAGUAGGGUGGUAGUUUCUUGUAACCCACUUCCUUGUGUCGGCUUGUUUUUGUAACUUAACCAAAACGGCAAAAUCUUCAACUUUCUCUUUU